AAGCCAAGUUGAGAGAGAAACUCCCUCCUCCUCCUCCUCCUUUUCCUCUUCCUCAUCUUCCUCCUCCUCCUCUUUCCUCCGCUUCUGUGCCGUCUGUCCUCGCGCUCCCCCCGCCUACAGCUCCCGUGCAGGACUUGAGCCGCGCGCGCUCUCCCGGUGAUGGAUAAGGGAAUUCUGUGGGAGAGCUGCAUGUGCGCCCUUCCAGAACCUCAACCGGGACUGAGGAGCUCCGUCUAACUCCCCGCGUGCUCUCGCCCUCUCUCUUUCUAGCUCUCGCUCUCUGUCUCGCCGCGGGAAGUUUUUUUUCGGAGGUGGGAAGUUUUGGCGAGGCGCGAGCGCAGCGCACUUUGCGCCCCAUAGAAGAACUAGAAUUUGGGGAAGAAGGGGGGGAAAGUGAUUUGGACAGAAAGAGACGCUUUUCUCCGCGAGUGAUGCUUGUGAUGCUUUUCUCGGGAGCGUCGUCGAGCGGAGGUGCUGAUGCUGAGCCUCUGACGCGGCCGGAGCUCGUGCCUCUCUCCAUGGAGCGCAAAUGAGAGGCUUAUUAUCUACGCGGGUGUGCUAACAGCUCAGCGACAGGAUGCGGGAGAGGGAGUUGUGGAGCGUGGGCAGGAGAGUGCUACUGCUUGGCGUCUGUCUGCUGUCUCUGUGGGGGCAGCUGAGCCUGGCCUCCUCACACCGUAGCCACAUUGUGCACGUCAAAGCAGGAACCUGUGAGGUCAUAGCAGCACACCGCUGCUGUAACAAGAACAAAAUCGAAGAGCGUUCCCAAACUGUCAAGUGCUCCUGCUUCCCCGGGCAAGUCGCCGGCACCACCCGAGCGGCCCCCUCCUGCGUGGAUGCAUCUAUUGUAGCACAGAAGUGGUGGUGCCAGAUGCAGCCGUGCAUGGAGGGAGAAGAAUGUAAGGUGUUGCCGGAUCUCAAGGGGUGGAGCUGCAGCACUGGGAACAAAGUGAAGACGACCAGGGUCACACGAUAGUCUGGGAUGGGGAUCUUCAGCACUCGUCGUCUUUUGCUCUGAUUACUUAGGUUGGACUAAGACUGCUCAAGGACAGUAGAAAUCAUGUAUUUGGACUUCAGUGGAAUACUGGCUUAAAUAGAAAUGGAAACGCUGUAAAAGAACCCUUUUGCCUUCCAUGGUCAGCCUUCCAAACUUCCAUCUAUGUUUUGUAGCUAUUGGACAAGAACAUCCAUCAUGUAAAAUAUGUAUUUGACAAGAUAUAGACAUUAACUACAAACCAAGACAUGGAUUAAUCAGAGGAUACAGUGUGCGACACACUGCAGAACUAUGGAUUACUCUUUUUUCCCAUGUUUUUUUCUCUCUUUUUUUGAAACCACGGUGGACUUAAGAAGUUCACUGACCGCGCUUGAAGUGUACGUGUUCCCGAGGCACUUGUGUUCAGUUCUCCACCCUUUGAUGCCAAUUUCUUUCUUCUUCUUGUUUUCUUUUUUUUUGGAAUAUUUUUGAUCUUUGUGAGGUGUUUAAUUUUAAGGAUGAUUUCAGAGCUUGUGUUUUGAAAUGAACUUGUGCCAUUGAAAGAAAAAAAAAAUCUAUAUAUUAAGAUAAAAGUUUAAACUAUGGUUAUAGUGGUUGGAAUCUGGCAGAGGUUCACUGCGCCAGUGAAAAUGAAUAUAGCUUUGCAACCUCAGAUAUGCUGUUUGUUUUUUCAAAUCUUGGUGACCGCUAUUGAGUAAAAGUGUAAGUAUUAUCUCAAAUAAAAGUAUCUCGAUGGGAAACCUUCAA